GUGUAGGCCAGGGGGUUGGCGGUGCCGUGUCAUGGAGGCUCAGUCAACGAGCAGCCAUUGAAGGGGAAGGAACUGUGGCGUGCGUGUGUGUGUGCGCGCGCGCGCGCGUGUGUGUGCGUGUUUGUGCGUGCGUGUGAGUGCGCGCGAGUGUGUGGACGAGGAGGUGGGGGCGGCCGACUUAAGAGUCCCAACUCCUUGGACUCCAUUUGCUAUUCUCUUCUUUCUCCCCCACACCUAUCUGGAGGUAGUGGGCGUUUAUAUUUGCGUUUCUUUUCAUUCAUUUCCAGAUCUUUUACAAUUUAAGGGUUGGGGGUAGUGGGAAAGGCAGGAAAGGGUCAGGGAAGGAGUAGUAGCAGCCGAGCAGGAGGAGGACAUGGAGAUGAAGAAGAGGAUUAACCUGGAGUUAAGGAACAGAGCCCCGGAGGAGGUGACAGAGUUAGUCCUUGAUAAUUGCCUGUGUGUCAAUGGGGAAAUUGAAGGCCUGAAUGAUACUUUUAAAAAACUAGAGUUUCUGAGUAUGGCUAAUGUGGAACUAAGUUCACUGGCCCGACUGCCCAGCUUAAAUAAACUUCGAAAGUUGGAACUUAGUGACAAUAUAAUUUCUGGUGGUUUGGAAGUCCUGGCAGAGAAAUGUCCAAAUCUUACUUACCUCAAUCUGAGUGGAAAUAAAAUCAAAGAUCUCAGUACAGUAGAAGCUCUGCAAAAUCUUAAAAAUUUGAAAAGUCUUGACUUGUUUAACUGUGAGAUCACAAACCUGGAAGAUUACAGAGAAAGUAUCUUCGAACUGCUGCAGCAAAUCACAUACUUAGAUGGAUUUGAUCAGGAGGAUAACGAAGCACCAGAUUCAGAAGAGGAGGAUGAUGAGGAUGGAGAUGAAGAUGAUGAAGAGGAAGAAGAUGAAGCUGGUCCACCUGAAGAAUAUGAAGAAGAAGAGGAGGAAGAAGAGGAGGAUGAGGAUGAGGAUGAGGAUGAAGCGGGCUCGGAAUUGGGAGAGGGAGAAGAGGAAGUGGGCCUAUCAUAUUUAAUGAAAGAAGAAAUCCAGGAUGAAGAAGAUGAUGAUGAUUACGUUGAAGAAGGGGAAGAAGAGGAAGAAGAGGAAGAAGAAGGUCUUCGAGGGGAAAAAAGGAAACGAGAUGCUGAAGAUGAUGGAGAUGAAGAAGAUGACUAGAUCAUUCUAAGACCAGAUUCCCUAAUGUUCCUGGGUGUGCAAUAGAGUGAUCACAUCUUCUUUGUUUCUUCAUGUACCAUAGCGAUCCCUACAGAAGAUAACCUGUAACUUUUUAUAGGAAAAGUGUGGUUUUACUAUUUUUGCCUUAUCAUUCCAAAUAAGAUUUACUAGUCUGUUAAUGAUCAUAUUGUAUGUAGAGAAAAAAAUUUUCAUUGACCCCAUUGUGAAAUUCUCUAGCAAUUUAUUUAGAAUCUUCAUUUUUCUCAUUCAAGCUCACUGUAUUAGUUAUUUUUAGCCCAUAAUUAAAAACAUGAUCACUUUUA